AUGUCGGAUAUCGGAAAGGAUAGAUUUCCAAAAUUAGACAGCUUGAAUUACAAAGGAUUUGUCAAACGCAGCAGUUCGGUGAGGAGAAGGAUAGAGGUCAGAAGAGACAUUAGGCUGCUGAUGAUGGCCCGGGCUGAAGAAGGCGAAGACCAUAAGGAAGAAUGGAUCCGAUCUUCCGGGAUACUCCAGGAAUAUCCUUCCAUAGGUGUCCCUCUAUAUAUGGACAUUGCUCCUCAGAAACAUGCCCACCAGUUUAUAUCAGCGACAACCAUAUUCCUCAGACAGACACUGUACGUUAUCUUGGGUAAAUAUUCGACUGAAGGAUAA